GAACAGCUGGUCCAGAUGACAGUGCUUAGUACUGAAACGCCACCUUGUGAAGACCACUGGGCUCUGCAACCUAGAGUCAAAUGCGCCUAGUGCCAGCAGUGUUGUGGUUGUAACACAGUGCCCCCUGGGGUUAAAGCUGAAUUUUUGAAUGCCAAGAAAAUGGGCAGCAUAUUGAAAGCAGAAGAAAGCUCAGUCUCCCCCUUCAUGUCUUCUGAGGAUAAUGAGACUGGAUCUCCGAGCAAAGUGCCUCCUUGUGUUCUAGAGCAAAACAACUGCACAACAGAUUCCAAUGCACUUCAAGAACAAGGUUCAACCUUCGAAUCCCUACAGCAUAAUGACAAUAAAAACCCGCCAGACACACCGAGUAAACUCUCCAAGAAGUCUGAUCCUUCAGAGCAGGACUCUCACUUGAAAUCGAGUUCCUCAGCUUCUCUUCACCAUUCUAAUGCUCCUCUGUCUGAAACAAAAUUAGUAAAAGAAACAGACAAAUUAAUUAAUAUCAGAAUGCUGAAGUCUUCUCCACGAACUAAUGACUACUCCGACAUCGAAUGGACAUUUUACCCAGGUUCUGGUAAUUGCAUUUAUCAUACUGGAAAGAAGUGCAUCUUUGAUGGUGUUCACCUACGAACCAGAACCACAGCAUCUGAAAGAACACUGGAAAUGUGUACAGGGAAGAAGAAAUACGCAACUGAAAUUGAUUCCAGAAAUGGCAUUCCAUUGGUGACACCUGGUGACCACCCAUAUGCUUGUCCAGAGCAAAGUACAGACUUCUACAAACUAGGAUCAGCAAUGGCACCAGUAAAUUUUGGGAGUGCUGUGUAUAAAAAGAAAACUGAUACAUUUAUUCCUCUCCAGCGCUUGCCAGGAGUUCCUAGUGUGCCUUUCCGCUUGAAGGAGAAACAGCAAGAAUUAGAGAGGGAAAAGAUGGAAGUGAAAAAUCUGGACCUAUGGAAACCUUCUCCAUCUUUGCUGCAAUCUUUACUUGCAACUGGGCUGGCCAGAAAACUAACUUUGCAACAGCUUUAGGCGGCUUUUGCUCAAGAGCCAUACUCUAUGCAUCAUGUCAUAAGGUGUAACUUAUCUGUGAAUAUACCUGGUAACAACUUCUUUCCCAAAAGCAAUUGGCACUUUUGAACAAUUUGUAGAAGCUACAUAUGCACCAAACUUCUAUUACUGUGCCAUUAGUUCAGCGAUGCUGAAUAGAUCAGAUUUUCCUCUUUUUCUUCAGGAAGCUUAACACAGUUUAUUUGUAAACUCUGUUACUUUCUUGAAACUGGCCUUUUAAAAUUCAAUAAAGAUCUUGUAGAGGAA